CCCGGGAGGAGCCGAGCGCCGGCCUUCGUAGCCGCCUCAGCAAUUCCGGGUCAGCGCAGCCAGUCGAGGCCGUCCUCCGCCGCCCGGUCGAGACUAGAGAAACAGGAACCAGAGACCUCUGGCAGGAGCCAGCCGGCAUCCUGAAACCUUAAUCUCACUGCCUGGUCAAAGAAGAGAGUAAUACCUAGUCCUAGCAGAUCCUAACACACAAGUAUAUAACAGGCAUAAAGAAGGUGAACAAAAAAGGGAGAAAGAGACAAAGUAGAAUGUCAGGCAACAAAGAAAGGAAGAGUCAAGGAGUUCCUGAAGAAGCUCUGGCUAACCAAGGCACAUCUUCAUUAACUGAUGCUGUAGAACAAGUUGCAAAGCAACAACAAUCACAAACAUCAGAAAUAGAAAAAAACAAAAAAGUUCUGUUCCAUUUGCAGAAUGAACUCCAUAAACUUGAAAAACAAAUAGCAUCUGUCUCUGCAGAAACUAAAGAAACAGAAAGGCAGAUUUAUCAGCAAGAUGCUGCCAUAGAGCAUGCCAAACUUCAGUGUGGGAACCUGGAAACUCAAAUCAAAUCCUUACAUACAGAAAAUGUCAAGCUUAAAUUUGACAUAGAAGCAGCCCAAGAAGACUUUGAGGAACACAUGAUAAGAUAUAAUGAAUAUUAUGCAAAAAUAAAAGAGCAUAAAGAUAGUUUGGGGGAAGUAGAAAGCAAAUGGUCAUUCAUGACUGCACUACAUGAAAAACGAGAUCUUGUUAAAAAACUAAAAACAACAAAAGAGGAACUUAUGCAAAAUCUCCAAAAUCCAGAAGGAAAUCGCAUAAAACAAGUACAGGAAGACAUUACAAAGUUAAAGGAUAAAAUUAUAACUAUAAAAGAAUCUAUCACUGAAAAAACUUGUUUUCUUGAAGAAGAAAAAAAGACACAUGAAAAAUUAAGAAAAGAAAUAGAGGUGCAACAUAAGAGAUAUGGUGCAAUUCUUAAGCGUUUGCAUUGUCAGGUGAACAAGCUUCAGUCAAAUAAAAGACAAUGGCAAUGGAACAUUCACCAACUGGAAAAAACUGCAGCUGAACUAAGAAAACGCAUUGGAAUGAAAGAUUAACAUGGCCAAAGGGCAAUGUAGAACAGACUAUGCCAACAAAAAUGAUAGGACAAAAGGUUCAGAAAAUUCUUUGGGUUCUUAACCAGCAUCCACUAACAGAGGUCUGUUUUAAUAACAGAUACAUUUUCUCUUUUUUUUUUUUAAUCGGUUAAUCUGUUUGCUAAUGUGCCUUCCAAGCCUGCAAUUGAUAGCAGUAGAUAGACAAUAGGAAUGCUUACAGAAGACUAGUGGAAGACUCUGUAUAAAUAUUUCGAGUAUGUAAGAUAUAUUUCUAUUUAUGAAUGCCUAUUUAUAAACGUGUUGCCUUCACUAUCAUAUGAAGUAAAAAUGUAGAAGAAAAGAAACACAAAGUUACAAUGAUUUAAAUUGUUAAGAUAUUUUAAAUGAUUCUGUUUCAAGCUUUUUAUUAAAACUUGCUUUUUUACCACUGUCUUCACGGUAGUCCAUAAAUAAUGACAUUUACAAUAAUGUUGUAUGUUCAGUGCUUCAGGUAUUUUACUUUUUAUCUUAUUCAGAAGGUAACAAUCAUUUUUUCUUUGUUAUUAGAUAACAGUUUUAGAGUGUUGCAAGGCAUAAAAUGUUUUGUUUACUUUUUCUCUUUAAAUUCUUUUGUACUAUUCUGUGAAAAAUUUGAAGUUAUAACAUCAUUAUAAGGUAAAUACCAGCUCUUAAAAAAAAAUGUUAAUGAGUGUAGACUACCGUGUAUUUUUUUCUCACUGAGAGUUGUAUGCUAUUUCCAUGACAACAUUUCAAAAUUUAACUUGUGCAUAUUAAGAUAAAAGUGCUCCUUCUCAUGGCUCCACUGAAUCAAAUUUUUAGGAACAGAAAAAAUAUUAUUGAAGAUAAUGGUUUUUAAAUAUUUACUUUUAGGAUUUAAUGCUUUCAAAACAACAACAUCAAAAAGGUAUCUCAAGUUCAUUUUCUCCUCACCUUUCUUCAUGACUAAGACUAAGUAAGAGGAUAGCUGAUAUAAAACCUGAUAUUAAUAAUCUUGUUAUGUCUAACAUUAAUAAUUCUAUUAUGAAUUAACAUGGCUAUUAUAGCUAACACUUCAAAUGGCUUUGCUGUAACACAAUCAACUUUGGCACAUGACUCAGAAAUGCAGUUACAAAUAAAAAUGGUUAAACGUACAGAUUGUAGAGAGUACCCACUAUGCUCAGCUGAAGACGAGGCUGAAACAUUUUAAGGCUGAUUGUAUAAAAAUAUUUCAAUUUAAUUCACAUAUUUAAAAGGCUAUUUUUAUAACUAUACUUCAUAAAUUUAUUUACAGUUUAUAAAAGAAAAAUUCUAGUUUUCUAAACUCUUUUUAAGUUUAUAAUAGGUUUCAAAAUAUUUGUACCUGAUAGCUAACUCCUUGAGUUAUAUUUGUGAAAGUUAUUUUUCAAUUAAGAUAUAACAAAAAUAGGUUUAAUCUGUUUAAGAUAAUGUGCCUAUUUGAGAAAGUAAUUUUCACUGUAGUGUUCUGAAAUACUCAUGAUAAUAAUACAUGUACCUAUUUAAAAUUUUGUGACAGAAGAAAGUAUUAUUUGAACAAGAACAUUUUUCCUUUCCUUGCUCUUUAUAAUCUUGAAAAUCAUUUCAGAUGAUGGACGCUCUCAGAUUAGCCAAGAAGAACUAAAGCUUGGGGUAUCGUCAAGGCUGAUCAUAUAGUUAG